AUGACCAAAGGGAGACGCUUCAACCCGCCUUUAGACAAGGACGGAAGAUGGUUCCCGCACAUCGGCCUGACGCAGAGCACUCCCGAAUCCAUCACGAGAGCGACGCUAAAGGAGCCCCACGAUCCUCGUUUCUCCAGGCAGAUAGAAGGGAAGCUGCCGCCCAUCUACCAAGUCCGGGAGAAGCAAGCCGUGCACAGCAACUACCCCUUCUCCGUCCACGACAACCGGCACAUCCUCCAGAAUACGGGACACUACUUUGACUCCGGCCUGGGACGUAGGAAGAUCCCCCCAGAAAAAAGGCAACAUGUUUCAAGAAAUUUCAAUCUCUGGGCGUGUGACUAUGUUCCAUCUUAUCUUGAUGGCUUUUCGAAUAACCAAAUAUCGUACGUCUAUCAGGAAGCUGUGAUGGUCCCCGUUUUCGGACGCUUUCCGCGACGUUAUAAUGAGAUAUGGAGCACGCUAACCCUUGUUCCCCAGAGGCGCUAUGCAGAGUUUUUGAAAAAGAAUCCGAAAGUAAGGUUCGCUAUUGACAAAAAGCCUGACCCCUCGUUGGAGCUCUAA